UUUCAACCAAAGUUUUAAGACAAAAAAAAACCUAGUCCAAAUGUAGAUUUUUCCGUAUUUUUCAUUUUGUAAACGGGCAGAUCGUCAGCGGUGGCACUUCAAGUCAUGGAUCUACAGCAGACUUUUUCAUGGUCGUCCUAAAACUAAUUCCAAUUUUUCAAUUUUUCACUCUUUCCUUUCGUCUACAUACGGCUCAGUUCGAGAAAGCCAUGAAGGCCGUGUCAGUCGAUUCUCCCAAAUGGAUGAAAAUAAGGUGACACCAAGUGUUUUGGGACAACUCCUGAGUUUAGAUGGAAGACCCAUCAAUUAAUCCUCAAUACAUUAACUUAUUAGCAUCCAUUAUUAAUGGAGAGGAAAACGGAACUUCAGUCUUAGAAAGCCGACUGGCCAAGUUAAGGGAAAAAAUGACCAAUUAUGGCAUUGAUGCUUACAUUGUAAUGAGUGAAGGUGACCAUCAGGAAGAAUAUCCAGCGGCCGCUGAUCUGAGGAGAUCGUAUUUGAGCGGUUUUACGGGAAGUGCAGGAGAUGCUGUUGUGACAAUGAAGCAAGCAUUACUCUGGACGGACUCUAGAUAUUACAUCCAAGCGGAAGAACAGUUAGGGCCUUCAUGGACUCUUGUCAUGAAGGAACCACAGGUAGACCCAAUGGAAGUUUGGCUCAGAAAGAAUUUGGAGAAGGAUCAGAAAGUAGGCGUGGACCCUAAAACUAUCACAUUUGAAAAUUGGAAUCAAAUUGAUUCUCAUUUGAGUAGUAAAUUGAUCAAAUUUAUUCCCCUGGAAAAUAAUUUGAUUGAUGAAAUUUGGGAAGACAGACCGAGCUAUCCAUCUGAUCCUGUAUACAUUCACGACUGUAAUUUUUCAGGUGAAGAAUACACUAAAAAAAUCAAGAGGGUAAGGGAAAAACUUGCAUCGUUGGAGGCAGAUUUGUGUGUCGUCAGUGCACUAGAUGAAGUGGCUUGGCUGUUAAACCUCAGAGGAAAUGACAUUUCGAUGACUCCUGUUUUUAUUUCAUAUGUGCUUUUGACGCCAAAAUGGGCCACUCUGUAUACAAGGAAAGAAAUAAUAAACUCAUCCAUAAUAGAAUAUCUUUCUAAUCCUUUAUCGCAAGUUAGCGUUAAGCCAUAUACUGAUUUCUGGAAAGAUCUGCAGAAUGCGAUUAAAGAAGCAAAAAAAGUAUUACUACCUUCCGGGAAAAGAGGUGGAACUAGUUACGCCAUUUAUAGCAGAGUGCCAAAAGAAAAACUCCUUAAUAUCACAUCUCCAAUAAUGGACAUGAAAUCGUCCAAAAACCGUAUUGAAGUCCAAGGCUCGAGAAAUGCACAUUUGAGGGAUGCUGUUGCGUUGUGUGAGCUGUUCCACUUAUUAGAAAACCAAGUUCCAAAUGAAAUAUACUGGGAUGAAUUGAAAGUCGUGUAUAAGCUCCAAAAGUUGAGAUCAGAGCAAAAGUGGAACAAAGGUUCAAGUUUCAAUGCUAUUGUGGCCUUUGGUAAAAAUGGUGCUUUGCCACACUACAAACCAACAAAAGAAACGAACUUAAAACUUGACACAGAAGGUCUUUUAACUAUUGACUCAGGCGGACAAUACUUGGAUGGAACUAUUGACACAACUCGGGUUCUUCACUUUGGCAAACCAAGUGCUAUGUAUAAAACAAUUUAUACAAGUUUAUUGAAAGGAGUUGCUGAUUUGGCAACGACUAUCUUCCCAGAUGGCACAAAAGUAUCAGAUCUUGAAUUUAUUAUUCGGAGACCGUUGCUUCAAUUAGGGAUGACAUUCGGCCAUGGAACGACUCAUGGGACGGGGGUUUUUCUCGGUGUUCACGAAGCUUUCAAUGGAACCUACCACCACCAUUUCAUCGGCUCACAAGAACCAGGCUACUACAGAAAGGGGGAAUUUGGAAUGAGACUUGAAAAUCUGAUUGUUGUAGAAGACGCUCCAGUAAAAGACAUGGACAAUUCUCAGAAACUCUUUAAGUUUUCUCCCCUUACACUUGUGCCUUACGAACCUAACCUUAUCGAUGUUUCAAACAUGGACAAAAGUCAGAUCAACUGGCUAAACGAAUACCACGAACAGGUGAGGCUCCACGUUGGAACUGAGAUGGUCAAACAGGGCAAGUCUGACCUCUACCAAUGGCUCGUGAAAAAGACGACACCAUUAGCUUAUAACACGGAGUAAAUGUAUAUUCAAUAAAAUUCUGACAAGUUGCUUGUAUGA